AUGAUCCAUGCCGUAGAGGAGCAGGCAGGAGCCAAGGCCACCAGGUCGUCUGUGAGCUCGAUAGAGUCUGCCUUCGGUGUGACGGAGGAGGAGCGUUUGGCCAAAGAAGAGGAGGAGAGGAACGUGGCGCUGGUGGAGAUCCAGCUCAGGGAUGAACGCAGCUUCCCCGCCCUCGGGAUGCAGAGUGAUGGAGGGAGGAGGAAGGGAGCAGACAAGAGAAGGAGCCAGAGGAACAAGACGAAGAGUCCAGUCGAAGACGUCCGAGCAGCGUCUCCCUCUGCUGGCGAAAGACCCAAAUCCUCCACCCCGCCUCCACUUGCAUCAUCAUCAUCCUCAUCCACUGCUGCUGCUUCUUCUUCUUCUGCUGCAGCACCUUCUACAAAUACCACACCACUCACCAAACCUGCCCUUCCUGCUGCCAAACCUCCGGCUGCUCAGUCCGCAAAGCCCGACGCCAGCACUCCUUCUUGGCUGAGCUCGAUCAAGGCCUCGACGACGCCGACUGCCUCCGCCGCUGCCGCCGCCGCCGUGGCGUCUAGCUCCACCUCCAGCCUCCCUGUCCCCCGUGCCGCUGCUGCCCCGAAACCAAACGCACCCUCUGACGCUGUAACCCAGCUCUCUCUUCCUGCCGCGCCGAGCGCCAAAGCUCCCUCCGUCCCUUCCUCUGCCACUCUGUUCUCCUUCCUCACCCCUGCUCUCCCCUCUGCUUCGUCUCCCCCAACUCCCCACGCUCCUCCCUCCUCCUCUUCUCUUUCCUCUCCUCCUCCUCCUCCUCCUCCUCCUCCUCUGGAAUCAUCCACCUCACCACCACCACCUUCUCCUCCUUCUUCUUCUUCUUCUUCUUCAGCACCUCCUCCCACUUUCAUCGCUCCCAUUGCCCCCUCUCCCUCCGCCGCCACGGCACACGGCUUCCUCCCUCCCUCCUCCUCCUCUCUCCCCCUCUCCCCCAGUCCUCCCUCCUUCUCCUCGUCUUCUCUUACCCAUCACACCGCUCAGGUUCACGCGGCGGCUCCACCGGCUUCGGCGCAGAUUUCUUUGCCAAAUCCUGGAGCCACUCUGACGGCAUCUCAGACCUUCCAGAGCCAGGCGUCCCUGUCGCAGAUUCACCCUCACGUGUCUCUGCCCCAAACCCAGAGCCCCGUCUCCGUCUUCGUGUCCCAGAACCAGAACCAGAACCAGCCUUCUGUGUUGCAAAACACCCAGACCCUGACGCCUCAGAUGCAGAAGGAGGCCCACUCCUGUCUUCAACAGCUCCAGCACCAGUCCCACUCUGAAGUAGCCUCUCUGCCACAGACCCAGCCGUCUGUCGUCCCUCCCUCCCUCCCUCAGGCCUCUGUCUCCCACCUCCAGUCCCAGUACCCCUCCCAGUCUCAGUACCCCUCCCAGUCCCAUUCCCAGUACCCCUCCCAGGCCCAGUACCCCUCCCAGUCCCAGUCCGAGGUGGCCCAGGUCCUGUCCUCUCACCCUGCUCCAGCAGCUUCCUACCCCCUCCCCUCCCAGACCUCAGUCCCUGUCCCGGCCUCUCUGCAGCCGCCUGUCACCCAUCCUCACCUCCACGCCCAGACGCCUCCUCACCCCUCCCAAGUCCCACAUCCCUCCCUCUCUCUCUCCACCUCCCAUCCCUCUCUCCAUCCCCUCUCCUCCCGCGUCACUCAGAAUCAAACGGAGGCCCCUCUCCCUCCGGCUCAGCCUCACCCCGAGUCUCCUCCUCACCCUCCUCCUCCUCCUCACCCCCAGCUGCAGUCUGCUCCUCCCCCACACCACCACCCGUCCAUCCCCGGGGCUGUCCCUCUGCAGCAGCUGUCCCAGCUCUACCAGGACCCCCUGUACCCCGGGUUCCCCCAGGGGGAGAAGGGCGAAGUUGCUCCCACUCCGGCCUUGUCCUCCAGCAAAUCAGGGGAGGACCUGCCGCCAGAUCUCAACAUCUUGAAGUUUUUCUUCAACUUGGGCGUCAAGGCUUACUCCAUGCCCAUGUUCCCCCCUUACAUAUACCUCCUCCCCCUGCAGCAGGCCCACACCUUACACCCCAAGCUCCCCUCCCGCUCCCCGUCCCCUCCCCCCCAGUACCCUCCCUCCAGGCACCAGGACGAGUACCCCCAGUACCCUCCGACUUCCGCGUCAAUGCCUCCUCAGUACGACCACCAGGCCCAGCCCGCUGAGCCCCCCCAACACCCCAGUGACCCCUCCUUUAAUCAGGCCGGGUACCCUGUCAAUCAGCCUCCACCUCACAGGAUGUCCUGGCAACAGCACCAGAUGCCCCCUCCCAGAAACCCCAACUAUUCGGUUGGAUAUCACAGCCAAAAUCCAUCAUAUCUGGCCUCGCCACCCUUGUCUCAGGGCUACCACCCGGGUCAAGCCCAGGGGCACCUGUACCCCCAGUACCCACCCUCCUCAAUGGGAUUUCAGUCUUCGCCGAACCGCGAGGAGCUCCAGGUGAGCCAGCAGGGGGCGCCGGAGCAGCGUCGGCCCGCCAACGGAGACGCACUGCAUGGCCAAGGGCCGGGCCGAGGCCCCGGUCCUCUGGAGAGUCCUGCUGCUGCUAACGUGGCUAAUGCUAACAACAGCAGAACAGGGAUGGUGGCGCCUGGUUUCGCCCUCAAGAACGAGCAGGGAGACAGCUCGACCAAAAUGGUGCUGCUGGUGGACCCCCCACUCAACAACACACCAAUAAUGAAACUGGUGUCCAACUCCGACGUUUCGGAUGUCCCCAUGGCGACCAUGAAGCCCGGCAGCGCCCCCGCCUCGCCGACGCCUUACGACCUCAUCUCCAAGACGACGGCCGUCGUCCACGGCGACAACAACCACCCCUGCCGCAGUUACCGGGGCCCUCGCAAACCGCUCGUUCACGCCAGCGCGUACGUCCCGCUGGGGCCGUCGGAGGGUUACCUGGCGACCAUUGCCAUGGCGGACUCUCUGUCGGUGGGCUGCAGCACGGAGGACGACUGGGAGGAGUCGCCGGCGUUCAGACAGCCGACCUUUAACCCCAGGGGCCAGAGGAAGGUCUACAGGGGAGGGGGAGGGAGAGGGAGGGGGGGGCAUGAUUCGCUGAGAGGAGCACACAGGAGGAGACAAGGAGGAGAGGCAGGGGCGGGGCUUAACUACGUCCAGUUUAACUCCUCCCACAGGGGGAGGGGCCGCGAGAGAGGGUACUAGCUCCCAGCCAAUGAGACGAGAGGACACUGGAAGGAGGGUUUUUUUCUUUUCUCCCCCCUGCUGAGAGUUAGAUGAGAAGCUACGCGCGUAUCAGUCGUACGUCUGGAUGCUAAAUGUGAAGCUACACCUAGCAGCCGCUUAGCUUUAGCUUAGCUUAGCACGAAGGCUUGAAACGGGAGGAAACAGCUAGCUUGGCUCUGUUGUAAAGUAAUUAAAGUAACUUAUUCUUUUUUUUUUGGACAGAGCUCUAACCGUCUUCUGGGCUAUAGCUUCACGCUCACCGUACGUGGAAUCGGUCUUCUCAUCCCCAACAAGGUUUCCAAAAUAUUUCUUCAAAUCGGAAGUCAAAUUUCGGACUCUAUAGCAUCCCUUUUGAACGCAGCAAGUGAGAGUUUAGCGUUUAGUGUCCAUAAAGCUUUAGAAAUGUAAGCACAUUUCAGCAAAAGAAGCGUCAACCAAGUUAAUUGAGCGCUUCUUUUAAGCAUCUGUUUGAGCGGGAAAACAGAAUUAAAUCACCAAAAUAAUCUCAUUUAUUCUCGUUAAAAUCUGAUUUGAACGGCUUUAAGAGUGGUAGUGCUGCUUUAAAUCUACCGCUGUGUGUGUGUGUGUGUGUGUGUGUGUGUGUGUGUGUGUCUGAGUCUGGUUUAGAAGAGUCAGACAAUAAAUAGGAUCUGUGUGGACUAUUUGUUCAGAUUUAUUUUAAUUGUCAGUGUGUCUUGUUUGCUCGUUAUUGUGUAUUUGUCUCGUUUCUUUUCUGUGCUGGGUUCAUUUUUCUUUCUCUCGUCACGUUUGAUCAACUCAAAACUCUAGAGAUUCAGUGCCUUACGUUUGCUACUUUACUGUCUUAUUUCUUUUUGAGAAACACUGCUGUACAGAACUGAAGGUGUUGGUGUUUUUCUAUGCGAUUGAAUAAAUAAAACAUUGGUUCAGAUGGUC